CUGUGUCCGCUUGUGACGUGUGUGGUAGUUGUGAUAUUAGCAAUAGUGAGCUUUGUCCUUACAUUUAGGAGGCGAGUAUGUAUUUCAGAAUUAGGUAGUCGCUAUUAAUGUGCGCUGAGUGUAAACAUAUCGUUAUUUUUUAUUUCACAUAUCCACAGUCUGGACGGCAAUGACCGAAUUAACAGAGAGUCUGACCAAAGAGGGCUGGUACCUCAGUGAAGAGGGAAUUGCAGAACUAAAAGGAGCUGUUGAGAAAGUAACACACAGUGAUAUUAUUCGUAUUGCUCUUGAUAGUGAUCUUAGGCCUAUUGGGAAGAAAUUUUUACCACCUGAAAUCAAUAGUGGACGAAUUGAGGAGUUGGAGGGUCCAUGUGUUCUCCAAGUGCAGAAAGUGAGAAACAUCUCAGCCCCGAAAGAUCAUGAGGAGUCCCAGGGUGCGCCAAGAAUGCUGCGUCUGCAAAUGACAGAUGGGCAUACUAACUGUGUGGGACUGGAGUUUAAACCGCUCUCCAAGAUCAGUCUGAACACUCCCCCUGGAACAAAGGUGAAACUACUUGGUACAGUCCAAAUUAAAAAUGGUCUUCUUCUGCUCGAUGAUUCCAAAAUCUCUGUCCUUGGAGGAGAAGUUGAUCACAUGGUGGAGAAAUGGGAAUUACAGAGGAGUCUGGCGAAACACAGCAGGAAUAACAUUGGAGCAGAAGGUGGACCACCUCCGUUUGUGCCAUUUGGUCAGAAAUGCACAAAGAAGGAGGACAUGGAUAGUAAAGAACUAGACCAGAGAAAGACCCUACAGAGUCAGAGUGUGGUGAAAACUACUGAUGAAAAUGAGUUUGAAAAGCAAAGGAUAGCAGCAAUUGCUGAAGUGGCCAAGACCAAAGAGGCUCCACGUACAUUUGGUGGUGGUGGAAACGCAGGCAGCAAUUUAUGCAGUACGACGUCCUCGUGUCGGAGCCGUGACUCAUACCAACAACGAAAACGAGAUGAUGGGGGAGAAAGAAUUGAAGGCAGACAAGAAGGAAACUAUCGAGAGCUGGUGGAUGAACGUGCUCUGAGAGACAUCAUGGAGAUGGGCUUUAACAGGGAGGCUGCUCGGCAGGCUCUGAUGGACAACAACAACAACCUCGAAGUGGCACUAAACAGCCUGUUAACUGGGUCUUCUGGUUGCAGACCUACUCAGGUUUUAGCUGAAUCCAACAAAGUGCAAUCAAGAGCAAGAGGACGGGGAAGAGGUAGAUCCAGAAACAAGGAUGACGUGGAGGGAGCAGGAGGAAGGCCUUCUGCUCCGAGCACCCUGUUUGACUUUCUGGAAUCCAAGAUGGGCGUUUUCUCCAUUGAGGACUCAAAGAGUCAUACACCUCAGAUCCAUCAUGAGAGCAAAGUGAAUUUGUCCAACUCAGGCUAUUACUCCAAAGAUGCGUCGCAAACAAAGUCCUUCCAUAAUGGGAACAGACAACAAAAGAAUGACAGACCACCUCGCUUCCACAGGAACACAGAUUUUCCGAAACCUGGUCAGGAACUUCUCUCUGACCGUACGGCUUCACAAACAUUGUCCCAAACCCAGCAGUGGAGGGGCCAGGAGCGAUGGACACGUGACGCACCUGACAGAUUGCAAAAUGACAGGAGAGAAAUGCGAAAUGAGCAGAAUUUACCUUGUACAGUCACUGCUACUUUCACACGUUCAAAAGAACCAACACAGCAGUUUGGUGGAUCUUUACACCAGCGAUCCAAAAAUGGAGAUGGUGCUGGUGGUAACAUGGCAGGGCCUUCUGCCAGGAAAGGGGCAAAAGACAACCCACCUGCAUCAAAACUUUCUACAAGCACUAACACAGAGGCAAAAGGAAGUAAUAAAUCGACUGAUGGCAGACUUGAGGAAUCCAACAGUAAUAGGAGAAAGGGGAGGAUUGAUCGUCCUAAUUCAGAACAUUUUGGUCGUCAAAUGGAAAGUGGCCCAUUUAACUUGAAUUCUACGGGAGCAAACUCAGUGCUGAGCCAGCAAGUGCAGUUCGUCCAAGGUUAUCAAUUUACACCAGGCGAUUCUUCUAAUUUCCACAAUGGACAUUUGUCAUACAGAAGAACUGGGCCAAUUAAGCCAACAAACUUAUCUGGUCCUCCCAACAGGGAGCCACCACCCAAGAAAAAUCCUUCUAAUAAUCCAGGACCUAAAAGAAAGUCAGGACAAAAAGGCCAAGGUCCUCGAGGGCCAGACAAAGGCCAGAUUCUGGGACACAUGUGGAAACCUGGAGACCAGUGCCUGGCACUGUAUUGGGAAGACAGCAAGUUUUACCACGCAAGUAUAGAUGCUGUCCAUCCAUCAGGCUCCACAGCAGUUGUUGUGUUUAGUGAUUAUGGAAACUGUGAAGAAGUUCUGCUCCAUAACAUCAAACCUGUUACUGCUGAGAUCUUGGAGGAAGAUGACGGUUACUAUGACAGCUCGCUAGAGUUUCGUCGUGGAGGAGAUGGGCAGCCAAGACGCACACGACCCACCCAGCAGUAUUACCAGCCUCCGCGGGCGAGAGAUUGAAUGGAUGUUGUACUGUCAGUCUGCUUGUCCCAUAUCCUUCCACGACAGAGGUUGUCACUUUCCUGCAACAAUCCUGAGUGCUUCCUAAGGGUGUAAGUGACUGCAUCUUCAGGACUUACAGAACUUUUCAAAGGGCUUGGACAACAUGCAAAAAAAGUAAAACAAAAACCCUGACAUACAUGUGUUGUAAAGGACAUAUCAACUGUUAAAAAUUUUUGAUUUAUUGAAUGACUGAAUUAUUGUAUUAAUAAAUAGUUAUUCAAAUAUGCAGCUGAUUUAUUUUAAUGUGUUUAAUUGUAAAUUUUGAAAUAAGAGUAAUGCAGAAAGCAAAUACAGGACUGUUUCUCUGGUAGCAGCUAAUAAGGCUUCAAAUAAACUUCUCAAGUUGAGACCUGC